AUGGGGCUGCUAUUUUGGAUGCUGCAAGUGAGUUUAAUCACCGUUCUUACCAACGCCGGCUCCGUGACAACUCCUGCUGUCGACUUCAUACCAAACUCAGCUGCUCAUACUCGCAAGGACGGUGGCGAGUACAUGAAGAGCCUGCGUGAAGCAAACACGUUGGACGACAACGUUUCGUCGGAAACGUUCACUGACGAAGACCGUUUGUUCUCCGUUUUGUCGCUUAUACAGAGUGCUCGAACGGGUGUAGCAUCCGUGAGAGAACGUUGUUUGAAUGUCAUGUUCUGGAUUCAUUAUUUAGCAGGGACGACCCCAAAAAUGAUGCAUGACCUAGCGUAUGUUGGAGUGCCGAGGGCAAAAGACAACGCGAACAGAUAUGAAGCCUAUUUCAAAGCGAAGAUACAAGCCGCCGGAAAGGACGCCCCAGAAAGACGCGCCGCGGAAACAAACGCACCGCAUGGAUGA